CUCCCUUAGUGCUUUACAUCUGCUCGUGUCAGUGCUCGGCAGUGCUUGCCAGCGCUCCUGACAUGGCCCUGAACGCCAGCCAUCAUCACGCGCCGCCGCCGCCAGCCAUGGUCCCCAUGACCGACUCCACGCCGACACUCUAUCCGCUGCUGCUGACGGUCGCAUGCACCAUAGUCAUGUCCUUCGGACGGGCUCGAUCAGCUUCGCUGCUCAUGGUCCUCGGCGGGCCAGCAAUCGUGCAUAGCAUCUGGCUGGGCGUACCCGGCGAGUUUUGGGCCCAUGUCCUCUUUGGCGUAGUGUGCGUGACGGCAGGCGCCGUCGCCGGCCGCACCGGGCAGCUUGUCAGCGUGCCGGCAUGGCAGGGUGGCACGGCAUCGCUCAUCUUCGUCGGGCUCAUCAUUGGCGAGUAUGCGACCGUCGGGUUCGGCAAUCUAAAAUAUGUCGCGCAUGUCCUGAUCUACGUCAGCUGUCUGCUGCUCACGCUGAGCGCCACCGCGGAGGACAUGUGCGAACGGUGCUGCGGGUUGCUCGCCUGGCGGCUCGUGCGUAUACGCGUGCGCCUGGCUCGUGUCCUGAUCGACCCGAGCUGCCUGGCGUCCAUUGGCAUCAUCUUUAUGGCGCAUCGCCACGACCCCAGCGACAUCGCGAUCAUGUUCCAUCGCGUGCAGUCCGCGCUGCUCCUCUCGCUCGCGCUGGCCGUAGGCAGCACGGCCGCGGCCAGCGCGCAGCCGGCCGCCGCAGCCGCAGGCCCCGGCCUGCACACGCUGCACGUCUUCUGCUGGGUCCUGAAUGGCUUCUGGCUGCUCGGAAUGGCAGUGCUCCUGUACCUGUGGCGUGGCCGGCGCGGGAUACACCACACGCUGUACGCUGGCUCCGACGCCGGCGAGGCGGCCACCCUGUACUUUGCGCUGACGCUGCUGGUCUCCGCGACGGCCGCCGCUGCGCUUACCGGAGCGGGCCGAAAGGAGCUCCAGGCAGCAUCUCAGCCGGAGCUCGGCUGCCGUGCGAUUGGCCGGGAUGAUACCAUGGCGCCGUUGACGGGGGGCGCAGAGGGCGGCGAGAGCUGACUUGGGCUAGACUUGAUCGGGCCGCUCUCGCGCGCCGCCAUACGCCAAAUACGUGUUGUCAGCUGAGGCUGCCGCCAUGUGCAGGUUAGUUAUGUCCUCACAGUUGAGCACGCGCCCGGCCGCCGGCGGGCUGACGUCCAUGUUGCGUCUACAGAGUACAGUGUCCAUGCUUCGUGGCCAAAAACGAAAGUGUAAAUAAAUGCAA